AUGACGGAACAAAAACUAAAUCCAUUGCACGUGAGAGACUUCUCUUACGACGCUGGAGGAGGAGGAACUAGUGGCGCUGCUUUCUGUUUGCAAAGUGAGGAGUCUUUUGCACCCCCUUCAGAGACCCGAAGGACGCCGACCGAGAUCGACUUGUCGGGGCGCCACCUGGAGCGCCUGCCGACGAUCCUCUUCUCGAGCCUCCACUUAACGACCAUCAACCUUUCCCACAACCUCCUGGCCCUUUCUCCCGUCGGCGCCACCUCCGCCGCCAACGCCGCGUCGACGCGCAGCAGACGUAAAUCCCGAAGGAGACGGGGCAGAAGAAGGCGCUCGUCCGAACCCCGAGAACCGCCUUCGUCGUCUUCUAAGACGCGAGCGAGGGCAGCAGCGGGCGAAGUCCCGAAGAAGGGGGCGAAGGACGCAGAUUCGAGUGACCAGAGGCCUCCUGCCUGCGAAGAGGCCAACUUAAGCGGCGAUUCGGGUCUCCCCCCUGACCCCGUCGAGGUUGAAUCCCCGUCGAAAGACCAAGAAGGACACGAACGGGAGAAUUCGGAGACUGCUGCUGGUGUAGAGGUUCCCGAGGCAGAUCAAGUCCCUGUGGUGAAAUCUGCAAUACCCGAAGUGCCUAAAGGCCCCCUGGUUCAAACUGCCGUGCCAGAGGGACCUAAAAAGUCGGAGAAAGAGCCUAGCCAGCUGCCCAACCCCGAGAAAGGCAGAGUUUGGCAGAAUCUGGCCGAAGAACUGCAAGCCAAGUUAAAGCUCAGGAAGGCGUUGGCAGAGGGACUCGUGGCGCCAGUGCCACCGGCAACGGAUGCCCUUAGCAGCGAGGACGCAGCGGGAACGUCAUUAAACAGUGCCCCUGACGAGGCAAAAAACCAGUCAUUCGGUGAGGUGUCACGAGAAACACGUCAAAGUGAAGUGCAAGAAAAUCCCGCUGGUGAACAUGUAGAAAGAAAAGAAAGAAGAAGAAGAAGGAGUCAAGAUAAUCGAAACAUAAACACAGGGUUGAUUGUGGAUGGUUGUAGCGGUGACGAUAGUGAUGAUGACACGGACGACGGCGAAGGUGAACACAGAAGAGACAGUGAUAGCCGUGACAUAUCGUCUCGAGAGGAGGACACCGACAGCGAGGGAGGAGGAGGAGGAGGAGGAGGUGUGAGUUGUGGCGGCUCCCGAACUGGAAGAAUCUUAGCGACGUCAAGGUCCCUGGGUGGACUGGAUAACCUUAAGCAUUUCCUCCAGCUUCAGGUUGUGGUGUUGUCGGAGAACCGUCUACAGGAAUUUCCUCCUUGCUUGUUGAGUCUGCCGGCCCUGUUGAGGUUAGACCUCUCCCGAAACCAGCUGCGCUGCCUCCCGGAUUCCUUCGGCGCCCUGGGCAGGUUAGAGGAGCUGGAAGUCAGUUACAACAGGCUGGUGGGCGUGGGUGCGGGCGUGGCUAGCCUGCCUGCGCUCACCCGACUGGGCGCUGCUUAUAAUCGCAUAGCCACAACGCAGCACGUGAGCACCAUGGAACGCUUGCGUCACUUGAACCUCACGGGAAACCACCUGAAGGAGGUGCCCUUCAGCGCCCCCAUGCCCGACGUGGUGAGGAGAGACGGCGACGUUGACGGCGGCGUCCUCCCGCGCGAGUGCCUACACUACCAACCCGACGGAGGAGGAGGAGGAGGAGGAGGAGGCGUCGACGAAGUUUACGAAGGGCGCAGGGCGGACAGCGAACCCCUGAGUCUCAACCUCAGACUCAAUAACCUCACGGGGCCCGUCACCCUGGCGAGUAUUCAGGAAGAAGGAACUGUGGCGAUUUUUCUCGCGCCAUUCUUACGCAUUCUGGUGGCCUGUACGUUUCUGAAAAGUUCAUUUAAAUCCUUGAAUGGAUACUUCAAAUCUACACACUUAAUUCUUGAUAGGCAGCGCGCCAACAGAAAACAAUUAACUAUUUAUGAUGCUGUGAAAUUGAAGAAUUAUAUCCGUAACAUGAUAAACAAGAAUAUCCACGUCCAUUCCGUCAUCGAAGAGGAGGAAGAGGAGGAGAAAGAAGACGACAAUGUCAGAGGUAAACAAACGGAAAGGCAGAGCAGAGAGAAGACGAGGAAGGAAAACCCCUCUAGCCUUCGUUUGUGCCUGAGUUCAAGUCGAUGGUCUGCAAACGACAGGAAAAACCCAACGCCCAAAGUCCUGUGCCUCGACGGCUCACACUUGAAGAACGUGACGGAACUGGAUGUCAGUGAGAAUGGAAUCAGCAGUCUGGACGUCUCCUGUCUCACUUGUUUGACUUCCCUUGUGUGCUCCAAUAAUGCCAUCACAACUAUAACUCUCCAUGGAGCCACCCUGACUGCGCUAACGGCUGACAAUAACAAAUUAUCUAGGCUAGAUGUGAGAUACCAUCCCCGGCGCCUUACAAAGCUCAGUUUAGCCAAAAAUCAGCUAAAUGCAGUGCCACCAUGGUUGGUGUCCAGCACAGAAGCCAGUUUAGUAGACGUCAGCUACAACAAUCUUUCCUCCCUGCCCGCUUUCUUAACUUCUGGCCAUUUACGGCGCCUUCACACACUUUCUGCCCACCAUAAUAAUCUGUCUGCCCUCACCAUACCUCAGAGACCACCUACCAGUCUCUUAUCUUGUCAAGACCAGUCAUUCAAUCACUAUGGAAGUGCCAACAGUCCUUAUAGAUCCAGCCACGAAGGCUCUCCUGCAUCCCGCAGCUCUUCUGCUCAUUCUGGCGGCAACAGCCUACAUGAAGAACCACGUCUCUGCUCCUUAGAGACGCUCCUUCUUCACCAUAAUAAAAUAACAUCUCUUCCGUCUAAUUUGUUCACUUGGCUAAACAGGUUGAGGGUACUGAAUAUCAGUGCUAACCAAAUAAAAACCCUGCCUGCCAUAACUGAAGGAGGUCGCAGUGGACGGGACAGUAGUAACUCCGAAGAGGAUGUCGGGGGACCUAAAGCAACACUGCCUUUGCAAGAGUUCUAUGCAGCAUCAAACAACCUUCGGGACCUGACACCUCUGCAACACUGUAGGGCGCUUUGCAUAAUCCAUGCCCCCUACAAUAAAAUAUCCAACCUUCAGGACAGGCUAGUAUGGUCCUGGGAACUAUUAGAAGAGCUGGUACUUGCAGGAAAUCAUUUGACGAGCGUUCCAUCAGGAGUCUCUAGAUUGCGGCGCCUUCGGGUGCUCAAAGUUCACUCCAACCCCCUUCGCAGUUUGCCACGCCUAGCUCACCUCUCAGUCCUUAAGGUUGUGGAUGCUUCCCACUGCCAGCUUGGCCGUGUGGAACUUGAAGAAGUUGUGUCCCCAGGACUUGUGGCCCUGGACAUCUCUGCGAACACUGCACUGUCACUGGACCAUCAUCAGUUCACCAAGUGCAAAUCUAGAAGACCUGUCAGUGUAGUGGAUGUUACCAGUCGGUGUGGUCGAUCACUUCCAUUGACAAGACCUAAGGCAUCAGUACAUAAGGGUGAUGCUAACGGCUCAAAUGAGAAUAAUCAUGAUACGACGCCAAAGCUCCCAUGGAGUCUUGGAUUUGCUGAGUCAAUCGGCCGAGAUUCAAGACUGACAGUGGGUCAGCUCAGAGUGCCAGAUGUAGGUGGCCUUGGAAGAGUGGGCUUAGCAGCAGUAGCAGAUGGAGGGAAGGAAGUUGGGAGUAUAAGCAGCCUACUUGCUGCACUACCCACUUUAUUGCAAGAGGAGCGUGCUUGUUCACAUACCCACACCUAUUCUCUCAAAUAUGCCCUCCUUACAGCAUUAAGGAGGCUCCGAUCACAAGGGUCAGUCUUACCAGAGGCUGUGUGUGCAGCUCAUUUGGAGUCAGAUCCUUCUAAUCUUCAUCAUUUUCCUGUCCUGAGACUAUGCUGUUAUGGAUCUGUGUCAGCAGCAGUCACUACUGUCCAUGCAAAACCUGUGGUAUUGACCACAUCAGCCAGCAAAUUUCAGAGAAUGGAGACAACCAGGUGCUAUGAGGGAUCAAAGUGUGUGCUAGCUGAAGCUCCAUUAAUCCCAGAUCCACAUACAAUCGAGUUACACCUAGGACCCAGUCAUACAGCAGUAAUCAUUGCCAGUGCCAGUUUCUGGGAAGUGAUUGACCCUGAGGAAGCUGGAGAUAUAUGCAGUGAAGUUGCUGAACCAGGCCUGGCUGCUAAGAAACUACUAGACCUUGCUCAGGCGUAUGGAACAAGGCAGGCCCUGAGUGUCAUUGUUGUCCGCCUUUUGCCUCCUUCUCCCAUACCCCAGUUUCAUACUCCUGUCAUAACCAGUUCUUUAAUGCACUCUAAGUCUUCAGUCGGUGAAAAAUGUAGAAUAAAUCAAGGGAACCAUGAACACCAGAGAAGUAGUGAUAGUGUUGGAAAAUACUUACCAGUGAAUUUAGAAAAAAGGAGAAAUGAGAAUCUGAGAAGUCAAGCCAAUAGGAAUGACACUGCACGGGUGGAAGUUCUCCUUGUAAUAAAUCUGAAAGGUAGAAUGUUAUCAAAAUCCACUCCUAACUUGGAAGAGCUCGAUAGAUCUUCUCCCAGUGGGCAAAGCCAAAGUGAUAAUAGUGAGCCCGAUGCAGACAUACAAAAGUACCACAGUACCAGAACUCAUGAAUCCAAUUUAGUGACUAAUCAGAGAGCUGUGUGUAAGAGCAUAGAAGAUCUAUAUGCAAAACCCCAUAGAAGAAAGAGUGAUGUGUCAAAAACAAGAGAAACUGAUAUCGAUUCAUUUCCAAACCAGAUAAGUAACAACAGAAAAGCUGUGACGUACUACCAUUAUCCUCGACCUGAUCCAAACAUUUCACCACCCCAGAACCACCUUACAGAUCAUUUACUGACGAUGGGUCAGAUGAUACACCCUCCAGGUGUUCUGGCUCCACCUGCUGGAUUUGGUGAUCUGAGAGCGAUUCUCGAAGGGAGUGACCCCAGUGGGCUGAGUGGAGUGAGCGCUGGACAUAUGCACUCUAACCAGAAACAUCUAGAUGAUGACCUAAUUGAUAGCCAGGAACAGGUUACAGAGGAGCAAUUCAGAAGUUGGGAGUAUCUCCUUGCAAGAAAUGCUAAACUACUCUUCAUGCGAGAACUGGACACAUUAACAAGAUCCAACUCUAAGGCCAGUAAUUUACCUACAGCUUCAGCUCCUGAUCUCCUUGCAGCAACUGCUGCUGAGACAGAAUCUAGCGGACACUUCCUUCGCAACACAGUUCGCAAAUCUCGUCUAGGUAGAGGGACUUUCCGACUCAUACAAAACAAGCUCAGUGCCACAACCAGUAAAUUCAGUACUCUGCAAAGGUUCAGAAGUAAUGCUGGCAAACAUGAGAGUAACUUCCGUCGAUUUGGCAGCCUUCAGAACUUGAAAUAUUACCAAGAAAACAGACCUCGACCUCCACACUAUCCCCUGGUGCAACCAGAUUUAGGUACGGAGAUGCAGGAGAGGACUGCACUGGACUCCCUUGAACUUGAAACAAGGAUGCAUCAUUACUGGCAUACAGGUGUUACAAAUUUCUAAAGACAAGGUUGAAACGUUGCCAAUACAGUCAAUUGCCAAAUUAUGUAGAUUUCUCUUCAAGUGAAAAGAUAACAGAUCACAAAAGUAAAUGAUUAUGUUUUUAUUUCACAAAAGUAAAUGAUUAAGUUUUUAUUUA